UGCAGGUCUUCCGGUCUAUUGCGACCUACAUUUUGUGACGGAUACAGAAGAACCUAUUACCCCGAACCGGACGGAUAUUACACGCUAUGGCUCUCUGGGUGGACAAAUACUCACCCACAUCGCUGAAUAAGCUAGACUAUCAUCAGAAGCAGGCAUCUAGUCUGAAAAAUCUUGUUGACAGUACCAGCUUUCCUCAUCUUCUGUUUUACGGCCCUCCAGGCUCCGGCAAGCGGACAAGAAUUUCCUGUGUGUUGCGCGAGCUUUAUGGAACUGGGGUGGAUCGCCUCAGAUUAGAGAGUCAUAACUUCUUAACUCCGUCAAACAAAAAAAUAUCUAUUUCCACCAUAUCUAGUAACUAUCACAUGGAAGUAAAUCCGAGUGAGGUCGGCAUAUAUGAUCGCGUCGUCAUCCAAGAACUCAUCAAGAAAAUGGCUUCUACUCCGCAGUUGGAUACUUCUCAACAACGUGAUUUUAAGGUUGUGGUACUUCAUGAGGCCGACCAUCUCACUCGUGAUGCUCAGCAUGCCCUGAGGCGAACAAUGGAGAAAUAUGUCUCAACCUGCCGUCUCAUUCUCUCCGCUGAGUCCUUAAACAAGAUUAUCCCUGCCACACGUUCUCGUUGUUUACCUAUUCGGAUUGCUGCCCCAACCGUGGAUGAAAUUGUCACAAUUCUGCAGACAACAGCCCGCCACGAAGGCCAGAACAUGCCUACCGAGCUAGCUACGCGCAUAGCCACAGCGUCAGAGCGCAAUUUGCGUCGAGCCCUACUCCUCGCUGAGGUCGCCAAAUGGCAACACACUCCACUGUUACCAGACCAAUCGAUACAGCUUCCUGAUUGGCAGGUUUUUCUAACCGAAACUGCUUCCAUUAUUCUUUCGGAACAAAGUCCAAGAAAAAUUUUGGAAGUCCGUACUAGGUUGUACGAACUAUUAUGCCAUUGCAUUCCCCCGGAUGUCAUCAUGCGAGGUUUAGUGGAUAAUCUUCUUGGCUCAUGUGACGGAAACCUGAAAUUACAACUUGUGCGCUUGGCGGCUGAACACGAGCAUCGCCUUCAACUCGGACAAAAACCGAUAUUUCACUUGGAAGCUUUCGUGAUCGCUUUUAUGGCACUUUACAAGCAGUAUGUAGAGGAGGCCUUGGGAUCGGGCACAGAUUGGUGAUCGUCCUUAGGGACCCCAAGAUUAUUGUUCGUUGGUCUCGCUAUUUGCUGCAUUUACCCUGUGUGUCUUAAAUAUAUUUCUAUUCUUAUA